AUGGUUGCUUACACAGACAAAACCACAGGAAAUCAUGCGCAGGCUCUCGCCCUCGCAGCCAGGGAAAACGGCAUCAAGGCUCACAUCGUCAUGCCCGAAAUCUCCAUCCCGGCCAAGAUCGCCGCCACAAAGGGCUACGGCGCCAACGUCGUCUUCAGCGGCAGCACCAGCGUCGAGCGUGAGGCCGUCACCGAAAAGGUCAUUGCUGAGACCGGUGCACGGCUGGUCCCGCCUUACGACCACCCCGACAUCAUGCUUGGCCAGGGAACCCUCGGACUGGAACUCCAGGAUCAGGUGGAAAGCAGCAUUGCCUCCUCGGUCAACUCUGCCGGACAGAGCUUGACGGGCGUUUAUGCUGCCUCGGCGACCAAGAAAAAGGGCAACGUGCAAGGACUCGACGCCAUCAUCACUCCCUGUGGUGGUGGAGGCAUGCUCUCUGGUGUAGCGCUGAGCUGCGAGGGCACCGGCAUCCGCGUCUUUGGGGCGGAGCCUUCGUUCCAGGGAGCUGAUGAUGCCAAGCGAGGAUAUGAGUCGGGCCAACGUGUCCCGACCGUGUCUUCGCUCACUGUUGCCGACGGACUGCGAACACCCUUGGGCGCGCACCCCUGGAGCGUCAUCUACGAGCGGCGUCUGGUAAGCGGCAUGUUUAGCGUGACGGAUGAAGAGAUUCUCAAGACGAUGAGGCUUGUCUAUGAGCGGAUGAAGCUGGUGGUUGAGCCGAGCGCAUGUGUCCCGCUGGCCGUUGCGCUGUUUGACGAAGACUUCAGAGCGCUUGUGGAAAAGGAGGGUGGCGUAGAGGGAUGGGACUUGGGCCUUGUAUUUAGCGGCGGAAAUGUCGCCGUUGAUUCACUUGGAAAGCUGCUGGCUGGAGAGAAAUGA